CACAGUCUAUGAACAUACAACCUCCUGCAAACCCACCUGCUAAUCCACCUGCUAACCCACCUGCUAACCCACCUGCUAAUCCACCACUCAACCUGUCAACAAGUAACGCUUCAAUUUCUUCCAAAUCCCAAAUGGCUUCCUGCUUACAACACAUGUUUUCUACAUACGGUAAUGUGUACUACCUACCUAGUGCACUACUUUGCACAAUUGAACAUCACUUCAGAUACAGACGCUUAAAAGGAGCAAAACUGAAAAAGUCAUUGAAACUUUCCUCUAUUUACAUGAAUGAAAAAAGUAUUGGCACCCUUGUCUUGCCUUUAAUGGUUUUCACUGUAUUAGGCAGCAGCAGGUUAUUUUAUAUCAAUUACCAUUUAAUAAUCUUGUCCACCGCUAGUCAAUAACCUCUAGAGUGACUAAUGCCAAAAAAUCAGCAUAUACAUACUCAAUAUACAGAGCUACAAAGAGUGUUUGUAAAGUGUAGAAAGUGUUUUGUAAAUCAUCCUUACAGUAAGAACCAAUCUUCAAGAAUCACCCGAGAUGCUCAAAACCAUUACUUCAGAAAGGACAAGCAGGAAGUGAUUGCUUGGACAAGACAAAAUGGAUUUCUUAGGGUUACUGUCGAACCAGUCAAGGAUUUAGACCCUUUUCUCUCAGCAAUUUGGAAAGGAGAUGCUAAGGCGCUAAGUGCGCUAAUACAAACCAAGUCCAGAAACCUUCUGGAAGCUAAUCAGGAGGGUUGGCUUCCCCUGCAUGAGUCUGCCUACUACGGCCAUAUUGAUUGUCUAAAUAUUUUGCUAAGUGCCGAACCGGGGACAAUUAACAGAAGAACCCUAAAGAACCAAACGCCGCUUCUUCUGGCCGUGACUCGCCGACAUUUAGCUUGUGUCAGAUAUCUCUUGGAGAAAGGUGCUGAUGUCAACCUGGCAAACAUCCAAUGGGAGACUCCACUGUACAAAGCUUGUGAAAAGGGAACCGAAGAAGCUGUUGCUCUUCUGAUAAGACACGGAGCAUCAACAAACAAGGCAACUGAGCAAGGCUCAACACCAUUGCAUGAAGCAGUAGCAAGCAAAAAGGUGGAGAUAUGCAAGAUGCUACUGCAAGCAAAGGCAAAUCUGAUGGCUAAAAACGUUUAUGGCAUAGAUCCUCUAUUCACAGCAGCUCAGUGUGGCACUUCUGAAGUUCUUAGCUUCCUGAUCAUGAAAGGUGCAGACAUCAACACUCAGGCUAACGAUGGUGCUUCAGCCUUGUAUGAAGCCUCUAAAAAUGGUCACACAAAAGUUGUGGAAAUACUCUUAUCCAAAAGGGCUGACGUUAACAAAGCUAACAAAGCUGGACUACUUCCUAUUCAUGUUGCUGCUAAAAAUGGACAUGAUGGAAUUGUUGCCAUGCUAAUAUCAAGAACUAGCAAGGCCAAAAUAAAGCACUGUGGCAUAAGUCCUCUUCAUAUGGCUGCAGAACGCAACAGAGACAAUAUUCUUGAGAUGCUGAUAGAGGGCGGUUUGGAUGUCAACUUCAUGCUGUCAGAGAAUUGGUCCAAAAUGUAUGAGGAUCGUCGAAGCACCACACUCUACUGUGCUGUUUGCAACAGUAAUGUUGAUGCAACCACAAUGCUCCUGGAGGCUGGUGCGAAACCAAACUUGGACACUUUCAAUCCUCUUCUUGUUGCUGUGAGGAAGGGCCGCAUGGAAAUUGUCAAGCUUCUGGUCGACUAUGGUGCACAUAUCAACUCCAUCCUUCCAACUCAUCCUACCGACUUCCCGGCUGCUCUGAUUUUUUGCCUGAACUACUUGCCAAUGUUUAAGUACCUCAUGGAUAAUGGGUGUGAUGCCCUAUCGUGUUUUAAGUGUGACUACGGCAGCAAUACUCACCCACCCAUUAAAUCCAACAGUGAUUGCAGGGACAGGCUAUAUUACAUCAGUGAUGAAACUCCAAACAGCAGCAUACAGUUCUGUGAGAUGAUCUCCAAGCCAUCGGUCACCAGUUGGGCUGGACCUAUCAUAGACAUACUGCUAGACUAUGUGGGUCAAGUGAAGCUCUGUUCCAGACUUACUGAACACCUGGACAGUUACUGUGACUGGGCUCAAAUCAAAGAGAAAGCAAUGCUUCCUCGCCCCCUGAUGCAUCUCUGCAGGAUAAAGAUUCGUCAGCAGCUGGGAAUCCAGAGACUAAGACAGAUGAACAGUCUUCCUCUGCCUGGGAGGCUUAUCAGGUUCUUACGGCAUGAGAGAGAAUUCUUUUUUUAAUAUUGUGUAAAAGGUUGGACUUUAAAUGUGGAAAAUAGUCUGUAUUUUUCAGAUGCUUCUAUUUUUAUGAAUAAUUGAAGCCACGGCUUUGCAACAGAUAAUAUAAAGAAAUAUCCUGAAAGCUUCUCAAAGCUAUUAAAGAUGUGUAAAUUCUCUUUUCUAAUGUUAUGACACAGUUGUUAUUAUAAAUGUGUUUAGCCAAGCCAGCUGUUUUGUUUUAUAUUUCACAUAAAAUAUUUUAAAAUCUUUUUACACUUUAUUUUAUUAAAUUUGUUUCUGAUUCUGAUCAGUAGAUUAAAGAUUAAAAUACAAAGUUAAUUAGUUGAUUUAUUAUGGGAUGCUUAGUCAUUUCUCAAAUUCUAUUUUUUUUUUACUUAUUUUCAGAAAGGUUAAAUUUGUUUCAAUACAAAUUCAAUUUACAGAACACAAAGUCGACUUAAUCCAACUUUAGCACUAAAUAUAAUUUAGUGCAGCAAUUUAAGAUUUAUUCUUAAUAAAUAUUUAUAUAAAUAGUUUGAACCACAGCAAUGGAAUAUCCAUUAAUAGUUAGUGCUUCCAGCUAGUCAACAUUAGCUAAAUAAACAUGAAUCCAAUUCCAUAUGAUAUUUUACUACAUUUAUAGUAUAAUUAAUCUAAUGUAGUAUAAUUAUUAUUAUUAGAACAGGCAUACAUACGAAAGGUGAAGACUGUGUUAUAAAAAUAGCAUUGAUGUUAUAAAAUACAUAAGGUUGUACUAUAUUCUGUGGAAUAAUGUACAGAAAGUGGAUAUUUGUAUAAUAUUCUAUAUGAUGCAUGAUUAAAUGUUUG